AUGGAGAGUUGGGUGGCUUCUAUCAGAACUCCACAACGACCGACUAGUAGUGGAAUGGUGAACCCUUCUCCUCAUCCGAUGCAACAACUUGAAAGUAACCCAGGUAAUCCUAAUCCAUGGAGUAAAAUGUUAUUUGCGAAUAUUAGGGAGGAGGGUGUUGAUUUAACUGUGGGUGGAAUUGGAAAUCAGAAUGGAAGAGAUGGAAGUGGGGAGAAUGAGAUGCUUAAAAUUUCAGCUGAAGAGAUUCAACCUGAAAUAGACUAUUGGAAAUCAGCAAUAGUGUGUUACAUACUGGGAGUUAAACCUCCAUUCAGGAUUGUUGAUGGAUUCAUAAGACGUGUAUGGGGUAAAUAUGGGAUUGAUAGAGUUUCAAUGAUGAAUAAUGGAGUGUUUGUGGUGAGAUUUAGGAACAAUGAGGAUAAAGUGAAGGCAAUGGAAGCUGGACCUAUAUUAUAUGACAGGAAGCCAUUCAUUAUGAAACAAUGGUCACCUGAGCUUGAUCUGAUAGCGGAGGAUGUGAAGGUUGUCCCAACAUGGGUGAGGUUUCCAAGUCUUCCAUUGAAAUAUUGGGGGCAACAGACAUUGACAAAACUGGCUAGUAGGAUAGGUAAACCUAUUCGAACAGAUAGAGCUACAGCUCAGAAAGAAAUUUUAGAAUAUGCAAGAGUGCUUGUGGAGGUGAAAGUAGAUCAGGAAUUUCCAAAGGAGAUUUUGUUCAUGAAUGAACAGGCGAAGAUGACAGCACAACAAGUAAUCUAUGAAUGUAAACCUAUUUUUUGUGAUGAUUGCAAAGGAAUAGGACACAACAAGGAAGAAUGUAGACAAAAAAGGUUUGAGGUUGCAACAAAGAAGAUAAAAACUAAGCAGAUCUGGGUGAGAAGACAGAGCCAAGAUGUGGAGAGGGGAGGGUCUCUAGUACAGCAGCCUAAUGUGGUGCAGGUGGAGAAUCAGCAGGAGGAGCCUAAGGGGCAACAGAGGAAGGAACCAAGGGAGGGGCAUAACAAAAAACAUCUCUCUGAACUGGGUACAAUAGAGGAAGAAGUAAAUGAUCAGGAGGUAAUGGAGAGGGAACAGGAUAAGGCAGCUCCAGAAACUUCAACAGCAGCUAUUCCUGAGAAAGGCAAAGGUCCAAUGCAGGUAGAGGGGGACCAAUUACCUCCAAAUGGAUAG